GCUGUUCGAUGACGUCACCUGGAAGGCAGUUGUCGGGAGCGGACCAGCCCAGACUGACCUGUGUAACUAGGAAGUGCACCACCAAAAACCUUUCACUUUAAUUAAACUGCACGCUAAACAGUGGUGGUUUAUAGUAGUUUGUUUUCGUUUCAAAGUUCCAUAAUGACUUGUUAUAUUCCAGGACAACCCGUGACCGCUGUUGUGCAAAAAAUUGAGAUCCAGAAGUUACGUCAGGGAGAUCGGCUCAUCCUGGGCUUCAGCAUAGGAGGAGGCAUUGAUCAGGACCCAAGCCAGAACCCUUACUCUGAGGACAAGUCGGACAAGGGCAUCUAUGUGACCAGGAUAGCACCAGGAGGACCUGCAGAUGUUGCUGGUUUGAGAGUGGGGGACAAAAUUAUGCAGGUUAACGGCUGGGACAUGACCAUGAUAAAACACUACCAAGCGCUUAAAAAACUAACCAAACCGAAUGAAGACGUAGUCCGUCUACUGGUAACCAGGAAGUCCCUGGAGCAGGCUGUGAGAGGAGCAAUGGGCUUACAGUGAAGAAGCAGGAUUGAUUUUGGUCAUGGCCUUUGCAACUCAACAGAGCUGGAUGGACGUAAAAGAUUCUAAAAAAUAUAACUUUUUAUUUCAAGACGUUUUGAUGUGUUCUUAAUAAGUGUUAGGCACAAUACCACUUUUGCCUCACUUGCCCCCUUUUAUUCUAAGGGUAAGGUCAUUGGGAACAUUCUAAUGUUUUGUCAGUGUGUAUGGGAACACUAUGAUAAA